CACUGUCUGCCUGUCUGGUAACUGGUUCCUCAAAGCGCUCACACUUUUGAACCGGACGUCGCAGUCUCCAUGACACAACACGUGCCUCCUCAAUCUCCUUCCCCCUCUCUCUGAUUGAAGCUGCGUCGUACCCAUCGGAGGGUAGUCUGUAACCAGCACACCAAAACUCGCGCUCUUUUUGAGGCUGGUUCGGACUUACCUCGGGAGCGGGUCCGAUCUUGGUGGCCACAAACCUCGGAACCACCCCACUGGGUGCUGGCCAUCCGUAGCGCCCCUGCUUUUCGUUCCACCACGUGUGAGUCCCCAAUCAAUUCCCCUUCUCUCUCUCUCUCUCUCUCUCGUUCUGUGUCUGUCUCUGGAGGUCUGGGGAUUGUUAGCGUGCAACUAUUAUUCGCUUUGACAGAUUGAUCGAGUGAGUUUGUGGUGGCGGUGGUAGGGAUCAUUGAUCACCAUCAUGAGCGACGGUGGUGGUGGUGGGGGCAAUCAUUUGAUCUCUGUUCAUCCCGAUGAGCUCAAGUUUCCAUUUGAACUGGAAAAGCAAAGCUACUGUGAUGUUAAAGUUGCAAACAACACGGAACAUUAUGUUGCUUUUAAGGUUAAAACCACUUCACCCAAAAAGUACUUUGUGCGGCCCAACACGGGUGUUAUACAGCCUUGGGACUCAUGUCUCAUAAGAGUCACCCUCCAAGCACAGAGAGAAUGUCCUCCAGAUAUGUAUUGCAAAGAUAAAUUUCUCUUGCAGAGUACAAAAGUGCCUCCACAUAGUGAUGUUGAUGAACUUCCGCAGGAUACUUUUAACAAGGACAGUGGAAGGGCAAUAGAGGAAUGCAAACUUAAAGUUGUGUAUAUCUCUCCCGCUUCAGCUCAAACAAACUCAGAAGAUCAAGCAUUAAUGGGAUCUGCACAAAGUCCUAAUACCAAUUUUAACCAGGCUUUGCAGUUGCUGAAGGCUGAAAGAGAUGCAGCAGUUCAACAAACACAGCAGCUACAACAAGAACUGGACAUGCUGAAGAGGCGAAGAUCUCGAAAAAGUGACCAAGGCUUCUCACUCACCUUUGCAAUAUUUGCGGCACUCAUUGGCAUUAUGGUUGGCUUCCUCAUGAACCUUUCAUUGUUCUCAUCAUCUGCAGAAUGAUUCAAUACUUUCCAGGAUUCAUGAGAUCCCUUUUCUUAUCUGUGCACUGUAUAAUUUCAAGCUCGGUUGGAUGGGAAUUUACCUAUUUUGUAUAUUGGUCAUAGUAAAUCUGUUGUGAUCAGUUGGUUUACAAAGAUUCUCCUUUUCCAUCAACAGGUUACUCCCAAUGUGAGUGAAAAUUUGUUUAA